AGGGGUGGCUUGAAGCUGCAGGAUAUAAGCCACAUCUCUUCAACCGGGGCGUGCAUGCUUUGGAGAGAGACAUCCAAGGCCUGAAACCAUGAAGAACUCUUUGCUGUUUUCACUGCUGCUGGCACUGGGAUGUGUGCACAUCCACAGUGCGCCAGUGGACCAGGAUGCCAUGCAGGCAGAGCCAUGUGAUGAUGCUUUGGUGAUGGGUGCUGCCAGGGAAGCUCUCACGAAGAUCAACCGAGACCGACAGGAGGGCUACAUCCUAGGCCUUCACCGCCUGUCCAAUGCACACUCUGCUAAGCAUGGAGAAACUGGUUUUGUGUUCUACCUAACCUUGGAUGUCGUGGAGACCAACUGCAGUGUCCUCAGCAAGAAGGACUGGAAGGACUGCGAGGCUCGACCCAUGCAGGACACCCCUGUAUAUGGACAGUGCAAAGCAGCCAUCUACAUGAACAGGGUGCACAGGGUGGUGCGCCUCUACAAGUACAACUGCGUCAUUAGACCAGUUCCUGCUGCAAGAGUGUCUACAGUGUGCCCAGACUGCUCGUCACAUAUCAAUUUUGAUCAUGCUGAGAUUCAGAAGACUGUGACUCAAUCUUUGGAGAAGUUCAACAAGGAGAGUGGACUGACCAAUCGCUUUUCUCUGUUGAAAAUUGCCAGAGCGACUGCAGGGAUGGCCAUGGGAAUGUAUUAUCAUGUGGAGUACACCAUCCAGGAGACAACUUGCAACAAAACCACAGACGCAGGCACAAACGACAAAUGUCCAAUCAUGGAAUGCGAGUUCGCUCACAAAGGUUUCUGUAAGGCCUCCCACUACCACACUCCCACUGGUGACAGUGAGAUCAGUGUAGAGUGUGAGAUCUAUGAGCCUGAGGCUGCUGACCGAGAGAAGAAAUUGCACCUUUUGGGCGGAGAAACUGAUCACAGUCACAAUGACACACACUCACAUAGCCACAAUCACGAUCAAGCACAUGCUGCAGAUGGGGCCCACACUCACGACCACAUCCAUGACCACACCAAGACUCAUGCUCACCAUGAUAAAAAUGCAAAGCAUGCUGACGACAGUGACCAUCAUCACACACACGACCAUCUUGAUGGCAGUGCUCAUCAGCACGCUCACGACCACUCCCACGACCAUGGACAUGGACACGACCAUGUGCACGCUCACCAUGCCAAAGCACACGACCACAGCAAUGACUCACCCAACCAUCACCAUGACUACAAGCAUGAACCAGGCGUGCACACCCAUGAACAUGACCAUGAGCUUUCUCUGGACCAUGACCACAAACACGCUCACUUGCACGAGCAUGAGCACCACCAUCAUCACCAUGAGCAUGACCACGAGACGACAGUCCAUGAUCAUCCCGAGGGAACUGUGAGGGUCUUGCCUGCCAUGGACCAACCGAUGACCCUGCCUUCCUUCCCUGAUACACCUGCAGGUGAGGUAGGAGUUGUCCUGCCUCUUAUCCCAGAUCCUCAGAUACCUGGUGAGAUGCAACCAAGUAUUCAGGCAUUCCCCACUUCAGUUUCAUCGAAGUGCGCACCAGCAAAAAAAGGAGCAACCCUAGUGGAGGAACUCUUUGAAGAAGACCCCUUGUUUAAGCCAGUUGCCUAACAUGGCAGACAGACACACACCAAUAGACUUUCCUCACAGGAAGUUGUUUAGUGAUUUAAAAAAAGCAUGUUCAUUUUCAUAUCUGUCUUUGACUCUCCAACAAAGAUACAAGACAUUCACACUUGACACUUCAACCUCAGCAAUGUCAGCAAUCAUGACAUUUUUUGUGUGUUCGUAUGUCACCUGUCUCCUCUUAGUUGCACAAUAUUAAAAAAUGAUGUAAAUACAUCAUUUGUCUAAUGUUGAUGUUAAUAAUGUCAAGUACAGAGGAACCUGUUAAAGUUGACAUCCCUAGGACUGGCUAACUCACGUUGACAUAAACGAUUGUUGACAUAACCAAAACUGAAAAUAGCCAUUGCUUGCACAUUUACUUGAGAAUGGGCGCUAUUAAAGGAUUUUGUUGGCAUAGUUUUCCUCCAUUUGUGCAUUUUUUUUAUUGUUUUAUUGUUAUGUUUUCAAAUGUUGUAUACUCUUUGAAGAAAGAGCUGCUGCGAUAAUUGUGUUGUAUGACUACAAUGAAAAUAAAACGUUCGUACAUCUUC